ACGAGUAUAUACACAAGGGUAUAGUUUAUGGAAUGAUCGUACCUUUGUCAUCUUUUUCAUCUUUUUUUUGUAUCAGUUUUUUCUGUUCUCAUGUUCCUCCUACAGGGAUCCAUUAAAAAUUCAACUAUGCCAUUAUCUCUUGUUACAAGGUAAGUAUAUGUGCUGCAAAAAAACUUGCAUAACAAGUUCGACGAGCUUGCUAUGUAUGAUGGUAUAAUAUACAUAUCUCUCUUAUUAGCAUAGACAUCGAUGCCUUUAUUGCUGAUAAAGUUUUCCUUACGAGACGUAGAACUAUUAUCACAAUUAGAGAUAGCACAUCUGUAAUAUUUAAUGUCUUUCGAAAAAAUAGUCUGGUUGUUGCACUCGAGUGUGUUAGAUGAUCAUUGUUCGCUACUUUUGAAGUGGGGAUAGCAAGUUUCUCUUCAUUAAUCUUCGACAUGGACAUUACCAAACAUUCGGGUUACAAAGAUUUUGUAUGGGCAGUUGAAUUACAUCGGGUCAGCUUGGAGCUGAUCGGUUUGUGGCCCGAAACCGAUAAAACAACUAAAGACAGUUUUCUUUCCGAUCUUCGCGUGAGCAUUAUUUUUGUUAUAGUAACUUUCUUGUCAGUUGUUCCUCUCAUAUGUUCUCUAGUACAUAUUUGGGGUGAUAUGAUUCUCAUGAUAGACAAUCUCCAAACUACUUUACCUUUGCUGAUGGUUUCGCUGAAACUAAUCAUCAUACGAUGGAAACGUACAGCUAUCUCGCUUCUCGUGAGGAUGAUGGCGGAAGAUUGGGUAGAUUUGAAGAUAGACAGGGAGAGGAACGUGAUGAUCAGACGAGCGCGAGCUGCUCGGCUGGUCGGUAUCUGCGGAUACGUUUUGAUGAUAUUCGCGUUUACCGUGCUCAUCAUUCUUCCGUCAUUUGGUCUACAUUUUCGACACAUAACAAAUCACACAAAUCAUGGCAGACUGUUACCAUUGCAAGCAUAUUAUUUCUACGAUACGGAAAAGAGCCCGCAAUUCGAGCUCACUCUUGGUAUCCAAGCCGUGACGAUGUUCCUAGGCGCGAUAACUUACACAUCAGUAGAUGCUUUCCUUGCAUUGACGAUCUUUCACAUCUGCGGUCAGUUGGAAAAUUUUAGAUACCGACUUGCCAACUUGGUCUCUUGCAAAGAUUUCGAUAGCGCUUUACGCGACAACGUGCAAACUCAUAUACGACUGAUAAGAUUCGCAGCAAAUAUCGAAGAUACAUUUACUUUACUGAUGUUGGGACUAGUAUUUUAUUUUGGUAUUGUAUUUUGUCUAUUCGGAUUUCUAUUGGUUACUGUGUUUACCGGUGACAAUAUAAGUAACAUGUCACCUCAACGAGUAUGCUUCGUGGUAAUCGGUAUUGUUACUUUAUUAGCGCAUACAUUUCUCUAUUGCGGUGCCGGAGAGAUUAUAACGAAACAAUGCAAAGCAGUGUACCGUGUUAUAUGCGAUCUGGAAUGGUACAAAUUGGAGCCAAAAAAAGGAAGAGCCUUGAUUUUACUGAUGACACGAGCCAGUGAAUCUUUUCACAUCACCGCGGGAAAAGUAUUUCCACUUACGAUGACUACAUUCUGCAGCGUAAGAGAAUUAAUAAUCUGUAAUCAAAAUAUUUUUUUGUUAUUUCAAGCGAAAUCUCACGCGGUUAAAAAUGUACAACGUGGAACUUCAGUCUUCGACAUGGACAUUUCAAAACAUUCGGGUUACAGAGAUUUUGUAUGGGCGGUCAAAUUAAAUCGUUUAGGUUUGGAACUGAUCGGUUUAUGGCCAAGAAGCGAUGAAACUACUAACAAUAAGACUAAGAUCGCUUCCGAUCUUCGCAUAGCUAUUAUUUUUGUCAUAGUGACGUUUGUUUCUGGUAUUCCCCUCAUAUGUUCUCUUAUACGAAUCUGGGGCGAUAUGAUACUUAUGAUAGACAAUAUCCAAGUUACCUUACCCUUGCUAGUGGUCUCGUUGAAACUUAUCGUCAUGCGGUGGAAACGGACAGCGCUCUUAGCCAUCGUGAAUAUGAUGGCGGAAGACUGGACGGAAUUAAAAACGGUAAAGGAAAGAGAUGUGAUGAUAGGACGAGCGCAGAUCACUCGGACGAUCGUCAUCAGUGGAUAUGUUCUGAUGAUGUUGGCGUUCGUCGUUGUCAUUGUUCUUCCGUAUUUCGGUUUGCUGUUGACAAGGCACUUGACGAAUCUCACGGAUCCGGGCAAACCGUUACCGUUGCAGACUUACUAUUUUUACGAUACAGAUCCGAGCCCGCAAUUCGAGUUGACAUACGUCAUUCAAGCCCUCACCAUCUUCUUGGCCGCUAUUACUUACACGUCGGUGGACGCUUUUCUCGGACUUACGAUCCUUCACUUCUGCGGUCAGUUGGAAAACUUCAGAGGUCGUAUAACCAUUUUAACUUCAUAUCAGAAUUUUACCUACAUUCUGAGCAACAUUGUGAUGAAACAUCUGCGGCUCAUCAGAUUUGCCAAUAUGAUUGAAGAUACUUUUACACUAAUGAUGUUGGGUUUAGUGAUCUAUUUCGCUAUUUUAUUUUGUCUACAUGGAUUUCUAUUACUUACUGUGAUCGCCGAAGAAACUUUUUCCUUUUCGCAAUUAUGUUUCCCAUUAAUGGGUAUUACUAUUUUGCUUACACAUACGUUUCUUUAUUGCGGCGCCGGGGAGAUUGUGACAAAGCAAUGCGAAAGCCUAUAUCGCGCUAUGUGUGAUCUUGAAUGGUACAAACUCAAGCCAAGAGAGGCAAGAAAUCUUAUUUUAUUAAUGAGACGAGCCAAUCAAUCCUUCCGUAUCACGGCAGGAAAAAUAUUUCCUCUCACGAUGACAACAUUUUGCAGCUUAUUAAAAACAUCGGGUGGUUAUAUAUCGGUCUUACUGGCAUAUCGUAACUGAAUUAGGAACAUUCUUCUGGAAAUCCAACAUGACAU